AUGUCUGCUCAAGGACGCGCCGAACCACUUCGCCUCGGCUCUAUUGCCCCCAACUUCCAGGCCCAGACUACGAAAGGUCCUAUUGACUUCCAUGAGUUUAUUGGUGACAACUGGGUUGUCCUUUUCAGCCACCCUGAAGAUUUCACACCUGUGUGCACCACUGAGCUGGGCGCGUUCGCCAAGUUGGAGCCAGAGUUCACAAAGCGAGGAGUGAAGCUGAUCGGCCUCUCCGCAAACACCAUCGACAGCCAUGGCCAGUGGAUCAAGGACAUUGACGAGAUCAGCGGCAGCCACCUGUCGUUCCCCAUCAUCGGAGACAAGGACCGAAAAGUCGCUCUUCUGUACGACAUGAUCGACCACCAAGAUGCCACCAACGUUGAUGAGAAGGGUGUUGCCUUCACCAUCCGAUCCGUUUUCAUCAUUGACCCCAAGAAGGUCAUCCGCACCAUUCUCUCCUACCCAGCCUCGACCGGCCGCAACACUGCGGAAGUUCUCCGAAUUGUUGACUCCCUCCAGACCGGCGACAAGCACAAAGUCACCACCCCGAUCAACUGGGUGCCUGGCGACGAUGUCAUUGUUCACCCCAGCGUCAAGACCGAGCAAGCGAAGGAAAUCUGGCCAGAGAUGAAGAUCAUCAAGCCAUACCUGCGCGUGACACCACUACCGAAGGAAAAGACCACUGCGGCUUAG